UUCAUGAGCCUUUUCAUCAUCAAGCAUAAGCAUUAUCAAUUCAGCCAUCAAAGGUCUCUAAAUUUGUUAUUUACUUUCUUGUUUCCAAUCUUCCAAACAAAAAAAAUGGCACUAAUCAGUACUAAGAAACUCAUCAAAAUGGUUAGGAAAUGGCAGAAGUUUGCAGCGAUGCAGAGGAAGAGGAUUUCAUUUCCAAGAAAUGGCAGUGAUGCAGAUAGUUGUAGUACAUCCUCAUCGUCUAUAGUUGAAAAAGGACAUUUUGUAGUAUACACAGCUGAUCAAGCUCGCUUUGUCAUUCCAUUGGUUUACCUUGAAAAUGAAGUCAUUAGGCAACUCUUCACCAUGUCCGAAGAAGAAUUUGGGCUUCCGAGUGGUGGUCCUAUUACAUUACCUUGUGAUUCAGCCUUCAUGGACUACAUUAUUUCGCUAAUAAGGAAAGGCAUAACUGCAGGAGAUCUUCACAAAGCAUUGCUCCUAUCAAUUCCAUCAUGUUGCUGUUCAACUUCUUCUUUGCACCAACAAAGUGGAAACCAACAACUUCUUGUUUGUUGAGUCAUAAUCAACAUGUUAGCUCAAAAUAGUUUUUAGAUAGGGCAUAGACUGAAGAACACAAUUGUAAAGCUCUACAAACAAAUUGAAUAUUAUUUUAUAAAAAAAUUUAUCAUAUAUAUCCACAGCUUUCAUUUUACAUUUGGUUAUGAGUAGACUUAACAA